AUGAACCUUGGAAAUUGGGGGAAAGUUGGUAUGUGUCCCGAAAGACCUAUUAAGAAGAGUCAUUUGAACAAGCUGCUCAAGUAUAUGGAUCUGGUAUCGGUAAAGGAGAACCAGAAGGCGGUAUCAAACUCUCCGGCGCCUCCUCUAAUCCCACUCCACGAAGAGGAGGUACGUCGUCACAACAUGAAGCUGGAUACCCAUAAUCUCCUCAUUGCAAACAGCGGACUGGGGUCAAAUGAGCCGACAAACAGGGGAUCGAGUGAAGGUUGUCCCGAGACUGUAGUCCCGCCGAACCAUGGUAGCACGACUAGUGCGACCGAGACAGCGUGGCAGAUCAAUGAUGGAGAGCGCCCAGCGGCGGACUUAACUACCGACACAGACGAUUGUCCCAGAGGUUCAUCCUGCGUUCCUACAACAACACCGCCAGCCAUGGAGACUGUUGACAUGGACAGCGUCGCUGCAUCGGAUACUAGUCCAUCCAUCACGGAUAGCGGGGGUGGUGUCAGGUUUACGCCAUUCGAAGGACAGCGAACCGGAUUUGAACCUGAACCUGAAUCUCGAGAGAAUGACAAGUCUGCUUCGCAAUCCAGGGACUCCUGGUAUCCCAAAGAGGGCGAGAGAGGUAUGCAAGAUGCAGUCGUUUCAGAGCUCGCGUCCGAUAUCCUCGGCGGAUUUUCGAACAUGCAAAAGCAUGCGAUGAGGCUGGAGCAGGAAGUGCGAGAUCUUCGGAGAGCCUUCGAAUCACGGAAGGAUGAUACUCCCGAAACACAAUCAAAAAGUAUCUCGUCCAAUAUGCCGGAUGAAGCUGAGAGUACAAUCCAGGCGGAUAUCAGAGAGGGGAUCUCACAAAUGCAGCAAACGCUGAUUGAACACACGCAGAUGCAACGUAGAAUGGAUGAGAAGACUCAGGCGUUCCAGAAUCAACAAGUAAUCACUCUAGCAGGAGUCAAGUCCCAGGUCGACGCCAUCGUUUCGGAGCUACCGAAUUCAAAGGAAGCAGUGACAAGCCUGAAGCAAGCAGCGCAGUAUCUCCACGAAAUCGGCGAGAAACUUGGAAAACUGAAGGAUGAUCCAGAGAUCACGGAGAUUCCGCUGGAUCCACAGGAUAACCGAGCCGACUUCGUAGAGAGCGAUGGGCCCUGUGGCACCCGAGAGAGAUUUCGGCGUGCUGUCGAUGUACCGGAAGCCUUGGAUGGAACUGGAUAUCUCACUUCCACACCAGCUCACGAAACCCAAUUCCGAAACUUUGGGGAAAGUCGCAGGGACGACCUGACGUUAGACAAAUUCAGUUGUUCCGGCUACUCCAUACCGUCAGCGUCCUGGCCGGAGCGUGGAUCCGGAUCGUCGCAGACUCAGGGUGGACAUGGCGUCGACGAGCUUAGACAAAGUGAAAAUGAACGAAAAUUGGUGCGUCAGUUGGUACCUCUGGACGACGCCACAGCCAACAGGGUCUUUCCAGACGCUCCCAGUCCCGAGAACACGCGUUCUAUCAUAGACUUUGGACCAUCGCUCGAGGUGACACGAACCAGUAGGAGCAGACCACAGAGCAGGUAUAGAUUCAACCAUCCGACGAUUCUACGGAUACAAGGAGCAAGAUUUGUAAAGAGAAGACUCCCAGGAACAUUCGUAUCAAACAGACAUCUGCAUAGUGCUUGGAGAGCUGCGGAUAUGCAAGGAAUGUGGAUACCUGAGAUAGUAAACUUGUGUGGUGGGAAAGAUGAAAAAGACGCCAUUGGUCCUGCACAUGAGCAGGAUACGGUCUGGAACCUGCAAAUCUACGAGAGUACCUCACCGGACGAGGAUAAUUCCAUUCCCAUCAACAUUCGGGGAACAGAGCCUGUGGUGGUUCACUCGGCUACGUCCCUCGAUCAUCACAACCAGCCCAUAAGUUGUGUGUGCGAGCAGUCCUUGGCAACGACUGUAGAUUAUGGUUGCGGGGAACUCGUCACUUCGGACAGUCUGGGCACAGCUAAACCCAGCGACGGCGAUUCGACCAGUGUAAGAGUUAUUCCAGCGCCCAAUCCGGCCCGGAUGCAGCAGAUCGUAGAGAUACGAGAAAGUCUUGUUACAAUCCAAGAGAGCGUUGCGGAGGUGUCUCAUCAUGUGCCUGUAGACAAUAUUCAGACGCAGAGAAGUAUGUUGGAAGGAGGUUCACCACUUCAAAGCACCGACACUGCCUCAACAAGCGAACGUUUGCAGGGGCAGCAAUCAGCUGCCUCAAGUGAAGUCGAUCCUCUGCUGAACAGCUGGUCAGAUGAUACCAGCCAGACAGCACUUAUGACAAUUGGAGAGACGAUAGUGUCGCUCGAGAAUAGAGGGAUCAACAGCUCAAACGCUCAACAUAUGGAUCCUAUACAAUGUCGAGAAAGAGAACAGAAAUGCGAAAAGAAACCCGACGAACCCUAUCUAGAGAGCCGCGAGACAGGACUUAAGAAGGCUGCGAAAAGUGAGCUUUCGUUCCACACGAGUAGUAUCAUGUCUCAAGGCUCGUCACACUCAGAAGACCAUCAAGGCACCCAGGAGACUGAGUUGACACAAAGACUGCCAACACGUUCUCACAAAAAUCACGUUUCUGCGAAGGAUCGCAGAAAGCGGAAGGAAGAGAAACGCAAGGGAAUAGGAGAAGUACACAGGAACAAAAGGCAUGAUCAGUUAAAGCGAAACCGACAGGGUCCACCCCAUCUUGAUGCCACUAAGACACCAUUAUCCGGUACGCACCAUGCGCAUUUGGAACUCUCUCGGGACGACUCUGGCGACUGUCGUUCCAGCGAUACUACCAGUGCCAUAGCUCAAGGCCCUGGCGGUAUGGGUGACACGGAAGCUGAGUGCCGGCACAGGAGUCAAGAAUACAGCGAAUUCACGGGACAUGAGGAAGCGGACCAUGUCAUUCCACCACUCCAGUCAGGUUGGCUUCGGCGAGGGUCGAAGAGAGGUGCUCACCUUGGCAAUACCGAUGGACUGGUCAAAAAAACUGAACUCUUAGCCAGUGUUCCUCUCGGACUAUUGGUUUCUCCAACCGAUACAAUGAUAGCCGAUAAAGAUCCCACCUCUAAUUCGACCACCGAUGGACAGGAUGGAGUGGGAACGUCGAAUCAUACCAAAUUGAGAUACAGCACGCUACAGGACUCUAUCGCAGAACCAGAAAGACAGAUUGAGUCUUCUGAGAACCAUCUCGUCCAGUCAGAUACUGCGUCUCCCGCAGCGCACUGUGGUCAGACGGUAACUAGUUUCCCUACUCAAAGGCCUGCCUCGCAUCCACAAGUCUCAACGCAUCGACGGAACAUCGCUCAGUCUCCCUCGAAAACGUACCAGGGCUUCCAAAUGAGCGCUACUGAUGUCCCAACAAAAGAGAGGAGUCCGGAGCAGCCUUCAUCACUACCACCAGAGAGAAGAGGUGGUGAGAAGAGGCCAAGAGAGGAGGAUACUGUGGGGCAUCAAGGCAUCAAAAUGAAAGCCCCAAGACUGACAGUGCCUCUAGAGCGCACCGGGAAUGAUCAUAAUCCGGAUCUAUUUUAUGGUGAGGAUGAGAGGAUCGCGAGUGUGGCCGACAUCCAGAUGGCAGAUUCUCCUGCUUCUGAUGAUCAGCCCUCCGGUCCUCGGGAAGAUCAUGCAUCCGAACCCAACUAUGAUACAGACAAUGCUGCGAACCUCAAUGAGAGUGAUGUAGAGUCCGUCAAAAGCGCUUGGCGAUCUAGAGUACAAGAGCAUAGGGCGGCAAAACAGAUGAAUCGGUACAUCAUCGAUAAUGCACGGAAGGAAGUACGUUCUGAAUUACGCCAUCCAGAGACCAGAUUCAAUGGAAGAUACGAGGAUGGUUCCACGUUCACUCUAAGCGAUGGGGCUCCACAAUAUCCUAGCAGAGAAGAAAUCUCCGCCUCCGCGUUUCUGCCCACUCUUACUGCACAAGAGUCCGCUUCCUUGGAGAUUGCGAAGCAACCAGGUACCAUGGAGCAGCUACAUGAUCAGGAAAACCCCAGACAGCUCUCAAUGUCACCACGCACAACAAGUAGGGAAGGGCAUAAGGCAGAAAACCACACUGAUAGCGACAGUCGUAAUCUAGAACCAGUCUCGCGAGGACAGGUCACACCUGAAAAGCUCAACGAAGAGACCGGGACCAGACCCAUGCACCCUUCUCACAUGAGCAAUAUCAUAAGCCGGACUUCCAUGUAUAGUAGAUCUGCUCAACCAAGUGAAUCCGUUGGCCAAGACAGUAUGAUCUUGCCAACCGGUGGCGACAUCGAAGAGGUAGAUAUCGCAGUACCGCUCCAUCUGAUAGAGAGAAGCCAGUCUCCUGUAUCACGAGUGGGACACAAUCUGCAAGUAUACAACUUCACUCAACCGCAGCAUUCCCUGGUCAACAGUCAGCACGAUGGCAGAACAUUGUCUGGUAUGGAUGGAGAUCGUUUGAACCGUGGUACCGAGGAUAAUGGACUGAAACAGGUUGUGCAAUCUCUCGUUGACAGUGACGAUGUAGAGUUGAUAAAAGAAACUCGUCUGCCCGAUGCAAGGAGCGUGGGUCACGAACACAUAUUGGUCGCUCCUGCAAGGAAUGAUGGAUUGAGUGGUACGACCUGUAGCCCGGCCCCCAGCAGCCCUCAGCACAUAGCUAGGCCCGGCUCCAUCUUGCCAGAUGCAUCGAUAAAAUCUUCUACGGUCCUUGCAGAUGGUAAAACUUGCGCAGCAGAUAACCACCAACAGAAAGCGCUCGACGUGGCGCCCUCCUCAACACGUCAGAGCAACUUUUCAAUUGACCCUAUUGAAUCUGGAGAACAGGCUGAGCUGGGAAGUGUGCCUGAUUCAGAGAGUCACGUUGAGUUUGCAAGCAUCGAUCCUUUCUGUCAGACUGGAUCAGAGGUGGAACUCUGA